AUGACGGUGGUACUGGAUCGGUGUGGAUCGGCGGAGGAUUUAGACAGCGAGAAAGUAGAGAGAGAUUGGUGUGGAGGCGCUAAUGUUGGCGAUGUUGAUCAUGGCGUUGAUGUCGCUGAUGUUGAUGAUGGAACUAAUGUUGAUGAUGUCGAUGAUGGUGCUAAUGUUGAUGAUGUCGAUGAUGGCGCUGAGGUUGAUGAUGUUGAUCAUAGCACUGAUGUUGAUGAUGGAUCGGCCUUCCAGAAAUGCUUCCACUUGAACACAUCUCCGAGUUCAAUCCCGUUGAUUCUGGCAGCGACCUUGAAGAAGACGGUUACUUCUUCCUCUUCCUCUUUAUUGGUUCCAUUCAUUCUGUUUGAUGUUGUGAUGUUUGCUGUUGUGAUGCUUUUAUUUGAUAAUCUUUUGGCCAUGGAUCCUCCAAGUGAAGAAACUUUUUUUGUGAGUCCUAAUGUUGAGCCCGAAUCAUCUUCUAUUGACCUCUCUACCCAAUCUAAUGCUCCCCCUCGUAGACCACCCUUGGCCAAAACUAGUAGUAGUGGGAGAACAACAUCAAAGGCUUGGGAUCAUUUUGAAAAGAUUAAGGGCAUUGAUGGGAAAGAUAGGGCUAUGUGCAAGUAUUGUAAGAAAGAAUAUAUAGCAGGUUCUAAGAGUCAUGGAACAAGUAAUUUGUUAAGUCAUUUGAAAAAUUGUACAAAGUAUCCAUAUAGGGAUACUCAUGGGCAACAAUCAUUGGGAUUUAAACCUAAAGAAGUUGGUGGGGAGGAUGUUGUUGAUGUUGUGACUACGCCAUUUUCUGUAGAAGUUGCUAGAAGGCAUCUUGCGGAGAUGAUAGUAAUAGAUGACUUGCCCUUUAGAUUUGUGGACGGGGUUGGUUUUAAGAGGUUUUGUAAUGUCAUGCAACCCAAGUUCAAGAUUCCAUCUCGAUAUACCGUUGCUAGGGACAUUCUAGACAUAUACACCAGUGAAAGGGAGAGGUUGAAAAAAAUUGUGAAAUGGCGUAAAAUUUGUUUUACCACGGACACAUGGACUUCCAUACAAAAUUUGUGUUAUAUGUGCCUAACUGCACAUUUCAUUGAUGAUGAUUGGAAGUUACAAAAGUGGAUCAUAAAUUUUUGUCAAAUUGAAGACCACAAAGGAGAAACUCUUGGUAAAAAAAUUGAGGCACUUUUAAAGGAGUGGGACAUUGAUGGCCUUUUUACCUUAACUGUGGAUAAUGCGAGUUCCAAUAAUCUAACCAUUAGAUUCUUGAAACGAACAACAAAAUUGUGGAAGGGAACUAUCUUGGGCCAUGAAUUUUUACACAUGCGUUUUUGUGCGCAUAUUCUAAAUCUUAUUGUUAGUGAUGGAUUGAAGGAUCUUGAGUCUUGUAUAGUGAAUGUGAGGCAUACAGUGAGGUAUGUGAGGUCUUCUCCAAACUGCCUUGACACUUUUAAAAAGUAUGUGGAACCUUUGAAAAUUGAGAGUAAGAGCCUCUUGUGCCUAGAUGUGUCAACACGGUGGAAUUCAACAUAUCUUAUGUUGGAGGCAGCAGAAAAAUUUGAGAGUGCUUAUCAAAGAAUGGGUGAGGAGGACUACAAUUACAAACACUACUUUUUAGAUAAUGAAGGGGGUGAGAGGAGAGAGAUGCCUACAGCCGAGGAUUGGGAUAAUUGUAGGGUGCUUUUGAAAUUUCUUAGAAUGUUCUACAAUGCCACAAAGAGAUUUUCUGGGUCUUUAUUUGUUACUUCAAACACAUUCUACACUGAAAUUUUUGUCAUUGAAAAUAUGAUUGGACAACUAAUCAAAGACAAUGAUCCUAUUUUGUCUUCAAUGGCAAAGAAAAUGAAAGAGAAGUUUGACAAGUAUUGGAGAAAUGGGGAUAAAAUCAAUCUACUUUUGUAUGUUACGGUUGUACUUGAUCCUAGAAGAAAAAUGACAUACUUGCAAUUUUGUUUUUCAACAAUUUUUGGUGGAGAUAUGGUGAAAGUGAAAGAAAUGUUAGACAAGGUCAAAAAUUGUUUGGGCAAAUUGUAUGAUCAUUAUGCCACACUUGAGCCAACAAAUGUGCAUGUCUCCAAUGUAAAUGAAAGAGUAGAUAUGGUGAUAGAUGAAAAUGACCCACACACUAUUGUGAACUCUCAAUUUAACUCAUUUUUGGAGGGCCAAUUUUGUAGUAGUGGGAGUAUGUCGGAAUUGGACAAGUACUUGGGUGAUAUUGAGAAAGGUGGGAAUAAUUCUUAA